UAUAGUCUUUGAACUAAUACGCAGUGGAGCACUGUACGCUAAGAGAGCUCUUGAAUAAAAGUGUAGAUUUUUACGUUGAAAAAAAUAAUUAAAUUAGGAAUUUCAAAAACUUUUUAUUCCAAUAAUUGAAAAUUAAAUUAAAAUUCCUUUUUUUCAUUAAAAAAAAAUAAAUUAAUAAAAAAUGGCUUUGGAAAUUACAACCACUGACUACACUUUGCCAGACUUGAAAGAUAUCACCACAGUGCGCGCAGAGCAAAAAGAGCUGAAUGUAACGCCCGUUCACAGCGUGAAUGUACCCGUUAAGACGGCCACUUUUGGCAUGGGUUGCUUCUGGGGCGCUGAGUCGUUAUUUGGCGGUACUAAGGGCAUUUAUCGUACUACUGUGGGCUAUGAGGGCGGCUCUAAGGAUUCACCAACGUACCGUAACCUUGGUAAUCACACUGAAGUACUGGAGAUUGAUUACGAUCCCAAUACGAUUACGUUUAAAGAACUAUUGGAUCUUUUCUGGAACAAUCAUGAAUAUGGUCUCACCAACCCAAUUAAGCGUCAGUAUAUGUCCCUCAUCUUGUACCAUGAUGAUGAGCAGAAGAAAAUCGCUGAGGAGUCCAUAGUUGAAGAGCAGAAGAAGCGUGUACCUGAGAAAAUUAUUACAGAGAUUUUACCCAAAGGCAAAUUCUAUCCAGCUGAAGACUAUCACCAGAAAUACCGUCUGCAGGGUCAUAAGGAUCUCGCUGAAACAUUGAAUCUCGAUCCGAAAUUACUACGCACCUCUUUCAUUGCGACCAAGUUGAACGGCUAUCUCGCUGGCGUUGGUGGUGUUCAGCAGUUCCGGGAAGAGGUUGAUAAAUUUGGUUUGACACCAUCGCAGAAGGAAUAUUGUUUAUAUCAUGUGGAGCAGAAUGAGGGCGCGGGGCUGUACUGCUGACCGGUAGGCGGUGUGUCAUGCAACUAUCGCAGGCGUUGCGGCCGGCUGAUUGAUGUGAAAAAGCAGAAAUAUACCACGGACUCUGCAUGAAUUUACUCAUAACUUAUUUGUUACAAACAAUUUUUAUCACUAAGGUGUUAAUUAUCUCAGGCGAAACAUUAAAUUGCUGUUUUGCUUAAAAAAUUCGGCGGUGUUUGCGUACAUCGGAUUGAAUGCCUUAUGUAUUAUUAUAUUAUUAAUAUUAUCUUGACAUUAAUACGCAAUUAGUGUGAAUUUAGGACAUUUUAUAUAAGGUAUUUUUUUUUUUAAUUUUAAGUGAGUGUGAUAGAAAUAUUCCAGGAUAAAAUGUGUGCUACAAAAACAGAAAAGAAAAUAACUGUAUUAGAACUAUGAAAAUAAAAUAAUUUUUAAUGGCAAA